UCACACCCACACACAGCUGCGCUGAUGCUGACGGCUACUGUUCAUCUCAAUUUUGUUUAGGGAAUGCGGGGAGGAGUGAUGUGUGUACACAGAAAGAAGCACCUGUUAAAGGAGAUGAAGAGCAGGUUGAAUUAGCAGUCUCAGGCAAAAGCAGUCCUAAAAGGAUCCCCCAAAGGAUACGGAUUAUGGGAAACCUCUCAUGCUACAACAGAAGGAAAGGAACAUCUAAAAAAGACGAACAGACAUCACCUAAUGAAGAUGUUCUCUAUGCCACUAUUGACCAUGGGGAAAAACAGACAACAAGACCACUAAGCAAUCCUGGGGACACUGACUGUGAUUAUGCCAUAGUCAGAUUACCCUGUGCGCCAUCUGACAACCCUGAAAAUAACGAGGACUGUGCAGAUGACUAUGUACUCAUGAGCUGAGUUUAAAGAUACACUGCAUAACAUAAUGCAAAGAUAAUAUUAGAUAUAUUUAUGGACUGUGCAAUUUCAAAAAUACAUGCAAAUAAGCACAUACACUUAUCACAACCCAUCCCUGACACACACACACACACACACACACUCACACUCACUCUCUCUCUCUCUCUCUCUCUCUCUCUCUCUCUCUC